AUGGGCCACAAGGCUUCUACUCCUCAAAAGGGAACAAAACUCCAAGUCAUAGGGGCCGGUCUCUCUCGGACAGGGACGGCUUCCUUUAGCAGCGCUCUAAACAUCCUGCUUCAAGGCCCGGUCUACCAUGGUGGAACCCAAGUGACGAUGGGACCACCAUCGGAAAUACAGUCAUGGAUCAGCAUCAUGCAGAACUGCCUAACUGGGGCACCACAGGACCGGGAGGAAGCCUUGACCCUUCUAGAGGAGACAUUAGACGGAUACGCUGCCAUCACCGAUGCUCCUGGCACACAACUUGUCCCAGAACUCCUAGAACUGUACCCUGAUGCCAUGGUCAUCUGUACUGUUCGAGAUCCGGACGCCUGGGUGAAAAGCUAUGCGCAAGUCCGUCACUUAGCAACGUUGUGGUACCUUCCGGCAGUCCUCCUCCCGCUUCCUGGGAUGAGGCAUUUCGUCAAGUGGAUUUCCUACUUUCCCAAGCAGCAACGUCGGGUGUAUGGGAAAUUAGAAUCCACCGUGGAUAUCUACCACCGUCAUAUUGCUUGGUUAAAGGAGGUUGUGCCGGAGGAUCGUCUGGUAUUCUUUGAUGUGAGGGAGGGUUGGGAGCCGCUGUGUAAGGCACUUGGCAAGGAUGUGCCGAAGGACAUCGCAUUUCCGCGCAUCAAUGAUGGUCAAGCCAUCGAUGCGGUAGCGAACUAUCAUAUUAGGCGUGGCCUUACUCGGUGGGCUGCUUUCUUCGCGGUGAUUGGUGCCAUAACUACAUGGUCUGUUCUGCGUUGA